AAAAUUUCUGAAGAACUGUCGUGGCUGGCCCCUCCACUGAAAUGGUUCGCAUCGAGACGACCUUACAGCAGUGCCGAGUUACUUAAUACCAUCACGUUGCCAUAACCAAGAAGGCCCGACAUGUCUGACGAAAUCGUAUGGCAGAUCAUAAACCAGCAAUUCUGUGCCUUUAAGCUCAAAACUACCAAAGGCAACAACUUCUGCCGAAAUGAGUAUUCAGUCAGCGGUCUGUGCAACCGGCAAAGUUGCCCCCUCGCCAACAGCCGGUAUGCAACGGUGAGGACGUCGCCCAAAGGGACUAUCUAUCUCUACAUCAGGACGAUCGAACGCUCGCACAUGCCGGCGAAAUGGUGGGAGAAGAUCAAGCUGUCCAAGAACUACCAAGAAGCGCUCCAGCAAAUCGAGCAACGCCUCCAGUACUUUCCGAAGUUCCUGCUGCACAAAUGCAAGCAACGUCUUACACGGCUCGUCCAGGUGGCGGCGCGGAUGCGCAGGAUAGCCGCGGAGGAAGCCAGGCUGGGUGAGAAGCUGGUCCCUAAGAUGGCGCCCAAGAUCAAGCACAGGGAAGAGGCCAGAGAGCGCAAGGCCCUGGCGGCGGCGAAGCUGGAGCGGACAAUCGAGAGAGAACUCCUCGACAGGUUGCGACAGGGAGCGUACGGCGAUCAGCCGCUGAACUGCAACCUCAACAUCUGGAAGAAGGUGCUGAAUGCCCUCGAGGCAGAGGGCCAAGGCGUCCGCGACAAAGACAUGGACAAGGGCAUCGAGGACGAGAUGGAAGAGGAGUCCGAGGAGGAAGCAGAGGAGGAACUCGAGAAAGAGGGACUGAAGGAGGAGGACGAUUCAGAGGCUGGCGCUGUGGAAUAUGUAUCCGACUUUGAUGAGAGCGACGAAGAACUCGCCGACAUUGAAGAUUGGCUCGCUAGCGAAGACGAUGAUGAGGACGACGAGGACGAUGAGGAGGAUGAUGAUGAAGAGGAGGAUAGCGAGGAGGAUGACGAGAAAGUGCUCAAGAAGAAGGCCAAGGCGGGCGACAAGCGCAAGAGAGGCCGCGCAGUCAAGCCGAAAGCACGCAAACGGAAGGAGAUGGAGGUGGAAAGAGAGAGGGCAAGGGUGCUUGAUUUUUAGGUUGUUUGGGAAGUUGAUCGCGCUGGCUAGGUUGUCAUCCAAAUCAUCGGGAGGGCGGGUUUAUGAUCUCGUCCUAGAUGUUAUUGAAGCCGGGGUUUCAGUUGAGGAGCAUAUUUUCGCCCCUGGCGUAGAUUCUCGAACACUGAGACAGCGGAUGCCCUGGACCAGACGGGACAACUACUCCAGCAUGUCAAACAGACGCGCCCAACCGCGAGAAAAUAAUUGGGUAGCCAAGGCAGCGUCCAUUUAUCUGGAUUCACUGCUAAAGCCAUUUCUCCUGUGCUUGAGCCACUUGACUUCCCAUAUCGGCCUGUGGGGAUCAAGCGCGAUGAGCGAGGUUUGUUGAGCCCUUGGAACUCUAUCCUUUGGCCUCGAAGCUAAUACAAAGG